CUCCUCAAUUCUUCUCUCGGCUUCUCUUGGUGACCGUCAUAUUGUCAGGAAGAGAGAAGACCACGGGUGAGAGAGAAGCAGUGGUCGAGACGUGGGAACGGAAUGCGUUUUCCAAAAAAUAAUUACGGUUACUUUUUAUAUUGAAGCCGCAGUGUAUGCGGUAUGAGUUCAGAUCAGCUACAGUAAUGAAAGAGACCGUCGUAUGCUCUAGUAUUUUAAUCGGCACUACGGAUCGUCAGGGGAAUAUGUGCUUAGCUCCUUUUGAUAGCCAUUUUUUACAGACAAAAGAGAACAGUUAAAAUUUGGGAGGAAAAAGAAGCAAAGAGAUCUUGGUCCCACAGUCAAUGGAGAAAGUGGGCAAGAUGUGGAGCAACCUGAAGAAUCGAUGCCACACCCUAUUCCACACAGAGAGCCCUGGGCGUAGCAGCUCCAGCCCAGAGGCCAGCUCUGUCCGCUGCGUGGUCGACCCUGCUCGGGGAAUACGGCUUAUGGAUUCUCUGGCCCCCAGGGCUACCAGCCCCAGCCGGAGUCUGUCACCGAUCCCUCUGGCAACCGAGGGGUUAAGGGCACGUCGGGGUCACAACUGCGUCUCAGACGCUCCCCAAAUAGUGGAGAUUUCCAUUGACAAAGAGGCGGAGGAUGGACGUGGCCCAGAGGGCACUUUGUUGGCACGGAGGGACUCGUACUCACGCCAUGCACCUUGGGGCGGCAAGAAGAAACACUCGUGCUCAACGAAGACGCAGAGCUCGCUGGAGGCAGACAAACGGCCUUGCCGAUCCCGCAGUGGUGCCCCUCGCCGUGAGCGGCGCUACGGCGUCAGUUCCAUCUGUGAUACUGAUUCAGGAGGUGGACGCUCACUACGCCAGCGGCUACAUGACACAGUUGGGCUCUGCCUGCCUCUGCGGUUGCGCAGUCGCACCACCAAGACACUUUUUGCCUCCAAACGCAAGAUCCACUUGACAGAGCUCAUGCUAGAAAAGUGCCCCUUUCCCCCUGGCUCAGACCUGGCCCACAAGUGGCACCUGAUCAAGCAGCACACAGCACCGGUCAGCCCACAGUCCUCCACCACACUUCUGGAUGCCUUCGAUUCGACACAUGCCUCUCCAGAAGACGAGGAGGAGCGUCUGCGCGAGCGGCGUCGGCUUAGCAUCGAAGAGGGGGUCGACCCACCGCCCAAUGCCCAGAUCCAUACUUUUGAGGCUACGGCACAGCUUGGCUCCCUGUACAAGCUCGGGCCCAAGAUGGCACCGGGAAUCAGCGAGAGUCCCGGGGACGGCAGGGCUGUGGCAAGUGGGCCCAGUGCCUUGGGAUCGGGGGGCCUCAGUGGCGACCCAGCCAGAGAGUGUGACUCAGAGGAGGACUCUACCACCCUGUGCCUGCAGCCGAGGCGGCCGAAGCAGAGGCACACCUCUGGAGAUGGCCACUCAAGCCGACAGGGCCCCUGGAAGGUGCACACGCAGAUCGACUACAUCCACUGCCUGGUACCGGACCUGCUGCAGAUCACUGGGUUGCCAUGCUACUGGGGUGUGAUGGACCGCUAUGAAGCAGAGGCGCUGCUGGAGGGCAAGCCCGAGGGCACCUUUCUUCUGCGCGACUCGGCCCAGGAGGACUACCUCUUCUCCGUCAGCUUCCGGCGCUACAACCGCUCGCUGCACGCCCGCAUUGAGCAGUGGAACCAUAACUUCAGCUUCGACGCUCACGACCCCUGCGUGUUCCACUCGUCCACGGUGACUGGCCUGCUGGAGCAUUACAAAGACCCCAGCUCCUGCAUGUUUUUUGAGCCGCUUUUGACCUCGCCGCUGCACCGGACCUUCCCGUUUAGCCUGCAGCACCUCGCCCGCGCUGCUAUUUGCCGGCGCACCACCUACGACGGCAUUGGCGGCCUGCCGCUGCCCUCGACACUGCAGGACUUCCUUAAGGAAUAUCACUACAAACAGAAGGUGCGCGUGCGCUGGUUGGAGCGCGAGCCGCUCAAGGUCAAGUAGAGCCUGCAGCUGCAUGGAGGGUGCAGAGAGGGUCGUGGCCCUUGCCUCAUGGUUCCUGUCUCCAGUGCUCGUCUGCCUGUUCCUUCGUUUGCUUCGUAACGGAGGAGGAGGCGACGACAAAACCUGUUGGCAACGUCAAGCUACCGUUCUGGUCUGCCACCUGUGGGGUUCUCUCGAUGGGCCUUGGGUUGGGGGGCAGGGUCAGGUUUAAGGGGUGGGAUUGGGGCUGGAAUUUUGGCAACAGGCAGGGUGUAACCAGACACACGCGUUACUAUCUAUCGUUUUAGUUAUUACUUAAAUCCCUAAGACUACACACUUAUAUAAAUAUAAAUAUAUACAGUAUAUGCUCUCUGGCAAGCACAUGAUUCUUUAGCAUCAAGCUCGUUUUAGAGGCAGGGGCCUGUGGCUGUUCGGAUUCAGUCUGUGGCUCCUGGCUCUGCUUCUGUCUGUCUGAUCCCCAGGGCAUCCCAAGCCGUGGUGGGAGGGACCUGUAAACCAAGCCUGCAUGCACCUUCCCACCUCUUGGGCUCCUGUUCACUUCCUAUAUAUAUACGUAUAUAUGAAUUUCAUAUGUAUGUGUAUGUAUAUUUUAGGAGUAAUAUGUCAUUGCUGUAUUUUACAGUUCACUUGAACUUUGAUAAAGCAACUAUGUGGCUCCUGUUGCAUUGAAGAAAUGCAGAUGCUUAUUUUAUUUUGACCUGACGCGAAAGUGGAUUGGUGUAAGCAGCCUCAAGGGGCAGACGAACCUUACAUGCCUAUUCUGCAGAGAUGGGCUGCUUUCUAGUUCCUGGCUGGUGGCUGGUCAUCAGACCUGCUUGGAGAUUUUGAGAUUUCUGCUGAAUCUGGAGCUCCUGAACAAAACCACAGGCAGACUCAUGGAGUCAGUAGAAGCUGGCCAGCAUUGAGGAGGGAGGCUCGGGUCUCAUUAGCACCAGGUAUUGGUGAGAUGUGCUAAUUCCUGGGGCAGCCAAAGGGCUGGCUACAUCCCGAUAAACCCCAAACCCCUGCCCCCUGCAGGAAGCAUGAGGCUCCUGCACAUGUGGUUACAGUGUUCUCGUCAUGUGACAUGAGUGUGCCUGUUCCUGAAAUCUCACUAGUAACUAGCACAUCAAAUUUUUUUUGUCUUAUGGUAAACCUUAAUUCCUGCCACUAAUUGCACAGGGAGGUAAAUAUAUACUUUCUUUUUUCUUUUGGCCAUUGGCACCACAAGAAGGAGCCACUGGCAUCAAGCACUUUAGCUCCUCUCUGUGCAGGUUAGUGGGAGCAUUGGGCUGUUU